AUGGAGAGUCAAGAGGGAAUAGGAGAUGCUCCGAGAUGGGAGGAUAUGAAUAAAGAUAUACUUUCCAACAUUUUCAAAAAGCUCAGCGUAGUUGACGUUAUAAUGGGAGCAUCACGAGUGUGCAUAAAUUGGUUCCUUGCCUCUCACAACAAAACUAUAUGGAGCACCAUCAAACUCAACGAUCUUGAUUCGAUCCUCUUGGAUAACCACUAUGUGCCACAUAUGCAGGAUAAUGAUAGGGAGAAACAUCGAUACCACCUUAGGAAGAUCUUGAUUGAGAUAAACAAAUUUGGCCCUAUUGUCCCGACAAACUUUUUCUUUAACGUAUAUAGCUAUCUAGUAGAAGAGGAUCUUGCGAUCAUUUCAAAUGGUAUCCCAAACAUCCGAAAACUUGCGUUACCGAUGUGGAAAACUCUAAAUCUGAAUUCAAUUCAGGAAGCCUUUAGCAAAUGGAAGAAUCUCCAAACGUUGACUAUGGCCCCACUUAUAUCGCUAGGUGACACAUUGAGCCUUGAGCUUCAAGCCAUUGGAGACAACUGUAGAUAUCUUACCAACAUAAAAUUCCUAUAUCGGUUGGACAAAGACUUAGCCAGUAUGAUUGUUUGUAACUUUCCAAGCCUGGAGCGACUGAGCUUUCGAUCCUCUUAUGCAUGUGUAGAUGCAGCAAUAUCGCUCAUCAACGGCCUCCCAAACCUCAAAAUAUUUAAUCUUUCACAUUGUAUUUUCACGCAAUCCAACAAGAUCCGGAACAAGAUCGACGAUAAUCGUGUUUCCGUACAACCGAACGGGGUCGUCGGCAAGACGUUUAGGGUAUUAGGCAUGAAACCUGAAGAGGAACUUGUACAAACCGGCACUAAAAAGCUUGUCAGAUUUAUGGUAUGUGCUUCGGACUGCACAAUUUGUCAAGAUGUGUGGGAACAUUUUGGACUGUAUAAUCCUGACCGUCAAACGCUAGAGUCACGCUACUUUCGAGAGGAACAAUGGAAAACCGAUGAGAUAAAAGAAUUUGAGUUUUAA